GGAUGGAGAUGAUAGAUGGUGAAACAAACCGCCCUUACUUUACUUCAGAAGCAAGCAAGUUUUGUAAAACAUUACAAAUAUUUGAAUAGGAUUUAUAUUUAUUUCAGGUAUCCUAAAGAUGCAUAUGAUCGUGAAUGGAAUCCAAGAAGCAAUUCUGGGUUUAAUUUUAUAAACACAAGCCUCAGUGUAAACUCUUCUGCUCCUUAUGAGCUACCACGAGAUGUAAUUUCAAAGGCAGUCGUUAACAAAAACGUCACUGAAAAUUUAUCUUUUUAUUGGAGUGUUGAUAACCGUGACUAUCAUGCACUCAUCUACCUUCAUUUCGCUGAGAUACAAACACUUCAAGGCAACGACACAAGAGAAUUCGACAUUGUGUGGAAGGGAAACGACCAAAACAUUACAGUUUCAUCUUAUCGCCCUCCGAAGUUACAGCUAGAGACUCUAUACAACACACCCCCUUUGAAAUGUAUGUAUAGUACUCAAUGUACAGUGGAGCUUGUUACGACUCAGAGCUCAACCCUCCCACCAAUGAUUAAUGCUAUGGAAGCUUACAUCAUUAUGCCGUUCCCAGACGCAGGAACUAAUCCAGAGGAUGGUUAGUCAACUCA